AUGUGUCAAGGGCACUACCACCCAAGCACCGCUGGCUGCGACCCGUUAUGCCUCCCCCUCGGGACCGCCGCGACUCGUCCAACAACUACUGCAGCGGCAGCAACUGCAGGAACAGCAACAGGAGCAUCACCAACCCCUGACUUCGAAUCAAGGCGCUCCGUUAAGCGCACCAAGCGGACGUGGGCAGCAGUAGCGGAGGGAAGCGGCGCCAAGCUUUCUGCGCCGGCUCCGCGAAGCUUAUCACCUGGCGCGGGGGCGCCGUUGCGCGGCCACCAAGCCGCGCCGCUCAUCCAGAUACCAUCGCUGUGGCCUCUGCCAGCAACGGUAACGACAAAAGACUCCGCUGCCGCGCCCUGGACAUCGCCAGCCGCUCCCGGCGCUCCCGCUCAUCGCGGCGCUCCGGCGGGGAAGUGCCCCUUGGUGCGCCUGAUGGGCGGCUUUCAUAUACUACAAGGGCGGCAACAACUGCCGCCGCCGCCGCCGCCGCAGGAGAUGCGCUCUGCAGAGGGGCAAACGAGGGAUAUAUGGGGGCAAGGCGACGCGAUGACGCGCCCGCAGGUAAAGGCGCAGACGGUGACCAACGCCGAGGGCGACGGCAACGGUGACGACAAUGACGGUGACGGUGACGGUGAUGGUGACGGUGACGGUGCGGCGGGAAGAGUCGUGGCGGAGUGGGCAUCGGCUGUGGAGCCGUCGCGCUUGAGCGAGGACCCCUCCUGCAGCUCUGCUGACAGCGAGAACGCGUCCGCGACCCCGAGCUGCCCCUCAUCGGCGCCCGCCGCAGCGCGCGUGCCGUUAUCUGCGCCAACAUGCGCGCGGGCUACCGCCUCGGCUCCGCCGGCGGGGAACGCGGUGCGCGGAAAUGGCGGCGCGCGGAACGCAGCGGGGAUGGCGGCGGCGUCAGACCCGCCGGCGUGGCGGCAAUCCGCUGACUUGGAGUCCGGGGACGUUUCCGCGGGUGAAUUAGAGGAGUGGCGCCGGCGCAAGUGGGCGCCGCGCGCCGCGGAAGCAAGUGGCGCCGCCGCAUUGGGCGGGGAGGCUGGCGCAACGAGCGGGUGCGCUGCUGCAGUGCGCGACGGAAAGACGGCGCAGAGUCCAAUCCACAUGGACCGUCGAUCGGACUGGCCAGAUCGGAUUCUGGAGGAGUGGUCGUGCAUGCGUCCGACGAUGGCUGACGUGGCGUUUCAAGCGGAGGGUGACGUGGCAUUCCAAAUGGAGCGUGACACGGUGUUUCAAGUGGAUCGUGACGUGGAGGAUGAGAGCAUGUCACAGCUCUUGAGUGGCGUGAAGAUCGCGGGGGAAACGACGUGGAAGGCGACGGUCUCGGAGGGUAAAUCACCCUUGAAUUGCACGACUGUAGAGGGCAGCAACUCGAGCAGCGGCACGCCCUGGAGCAGCGAAGGCAAGGGGGGAGUGGAUGAGUGUCCAGGCCAUGAUUUGAACAACGACUUGAAAGGACGCUGGAAUGGCGGCUCGGCGGACCGUUUGGGGGGCUCGAGGACGGGAGGAGGCGAGCUGUGGAAGGCGCUGUGCAGUCUCGGGUUGUUGACUCGUGAGCGCCCUGUGUUGCCGUGUGCAGAUGCAACUGGGACGGCUGCUGGAGCAGUGUCAGCAGGAGAUGCAGCAACAGCAGCAGCAGCAGCAGCAGCAGCAGCAGCAGCAGCAGCAGCAGCAGCAGCAGCAGCAGCAGCAGCAGCAGCAGCAGCAGCAGCAGCAGCAGCAGCAGCAGCAGCAGCAGCAGCAGCGGUGGUGGCAGAUUUCUUUGCAACUGUCCUGUCGCUUUCAGCUUCAGCAGCGGCACAGACAACUUUCAUUUCAUCACACAGAGCUUUCCGCAGAGCACCAGUAGUAAGCUAUAAGGUAUCACUGCUGCUACUAGCGAUGAGACCUGAAGACUUUUCCGCGGGGACAGUUGACGCAGGCCAUUACAGGGCUGAUUCAGGAAUCAUGGCGCCGCUACUGGCGACUCGCGAACGUUCAACCGCGACUGGGCAGGCGGCCGUGCGAGACAAUGCGGUGGGAGAUUCGGUCAUCUGGAAUGGAGAUAUCUCUCCCCGCAAUGCUCCUGGCAGUUCUGAUGUCGAGAGCAACGGCAGCAUCGCCAAAAACGAUGCUCCUGGCAGCAGCGCAGCUAGCAGCGCUAACAGCAGCGGUAGAACCGGCACCGCCACCGGCAGCGGCAGCGGCGGUCGUGAUGGCGGCAGCACGAACGCACCUUCCGCGAGCCUUCGAUGGAGGCGACUCGGCAAUGUGGUGUCGUUCUCCACGCGGCUGGCGAUGGCGUCGCGCAGCGCGGCCGCGGCGAUGGACGAGCUGGGAUUGGUGGACGACACGCUCACUGGCGUCGCCAACACCGUCGCCGCCGCCACCGCCGCCGCCGCCGCCGCCGCUGAUGGUGGUGCUGGCGCCGAUACUACUGCUGCUGCUGCUGCGGAUGCUGCUGCGGCUGAUGCGGAAAUUGAUGGUGGUGGUGCUGCCUCAGCGGAACAAGAGGGCUUUCCUAGCGAGGACGGCGCGGGGAGAAAUGCGGGUGGCGUUACAGGGGGGCCGGGGGAGAAAGGGCUGCGAGCCGUGGCUGAAUGGGGGGAUGAGGGGGAAGAUGGGUGGACGAGCGGGGGAACCGUUGCGGGAGGUGAUGGGGGGAAGGUUGGGGAGAAGGGGAAGGAGAAGAAUGGGUGGAUGUGGAGUGAUGAUGGUGAGGGUGAGGAGAAUGGUUCAGUGGUGGAUGGAGUAAGAGACGGUGAGGAGGUGGCAUGGGGGCGAGAGUAUGGGGAGGGCGUGCAGGGAAGGGGGAGAGGAUGGGGAUUAGUGCGAGAGAGAGUGAGAGAGAAACUAGGACAGGCCAUUCGCGGCAAUGGUGGCGGUGGUGGUAAAGGUGCUGCUGCUGCUUUCAGUGGCGAUGGAAAGGGAGCGAGGGUAGGAGCGAGAGAAGCAGGGGAAAGAGCUGAGGCGGAGAGGGGGGAGGGGGAGGAGCAAGAGGAGGAAGAGGGGGAAGAGGAGGCAGGGGAGUUUGACGAUGGGCACCCGCCUCCGUCUCCCCCCACUACCACUGCUCCGCCUCCCCCUCCCCCGCCCGCGCCGCCGGCCAUGUCAGCAGCAGCGCUGUUCAAGCCGCGGGGGCGCAAGAGCGUGGAGAGCAUUCGGGUCACGCAUGACGCGCGCCUCUACUGCGUGCUCACAGAUGUCUACGUCACGUGCCUCAAGAUGCCUCCACUGGCGUUCUUCACGGCAGUGUUUGCAGCGCCCAUCGCCCUGAGCCUGCUCUUCACGCCGCUCUUCCUGCUCGGAGUGGGCGGCCUGCACUUCGAAGACGGCAUCCUGCCGCCCAUCCACCCCCUCACUCACCCCCACACUCACCCUGUGCUCGUCACACUGCUCUCCCUCACCACCUCCACCUGUGUGCUCUGCCUCGCCACAGUGCAGCGUGCUCUCUUCAUCAUUCUCAACGUCUUCCUCUACUCGGUGUCGCUGUCCACCACGUUUGGCGGCUCGCCAGUGUCAGCGCACUCGCCCUACACGCUCGUGCUCGCCAACCUCAACACCCUGCUCGCGCAGUUCCUCUUUGUCUUCCUCUCCGGCGCCGUGUUUGCACGCAUGUCAGUGCCGACACAGCCAGUGCGUUGCUCCCGCACGGCUCUCAUCUCCGAUCAGGCCUUCGCCCUGCCCUCCACCGCUGCUGCUGCCACUGCUACAGCUUCAGAAUCUGCUGCUGCCGCUGGUGCUCCUGCUCCCCCGGACCGAGUCCGCGUCUUCUCGGCGCGCUUUGUGCUGACGGGCCCAGCGCCCUGCGACCUGGUGGACGCACAGGUGUCGCUCACCUUCCGCUGCUUCCACAUGCUGCCCUCGGGCUCCGUCUUCUGCUCCGUGCACGACCUGCCUGUCGUCAAGGGGCAGGUCCCCUACCUGCAGUACGGCAUGUCGGUGCGGCACAUAGUGGACGAGAGCAGUCCGCUGUGGGGCCACACGCCAGCGUCGCUGCAAGCAGGCGAUGCCAGCUUCGCCCUCGUCGUCUCGGGCACAGACAGGGCGUCCAUGCAGCCCGUCUUCCACAUCCAGGACUACUACGUGCAUGACGGGGAGGUGCAGUGGGGCAGUGAGUACGAUGACUUUGUCAGUGUGUCACACACGGGCGAGAGGGUUCUCGACCACUCGCGAGUCGACGCCAUCAAAACCUUCAAG